AGAAAAUCCGUCGCUUGAUUGAUGACGUACUUCCUGGUCUAUAGUUUAUUGUAACACGUGGAAAUCUACAGUGGACUGAAAUACUGCUUUAUUUCUAUAUUUACAGUAUUGGGAGUGUACCGGAGUAAUCGAUCACAAUGGUUAAACCAAAAUACAAGGGGAAAAGCUCCAUAAAUCCCUCAACCUCCAGUAGUAAUCCCGACCGAGUCAAGGGAGCUGGAGGGAACAACAUGAGGGACCGUGCCACCAUCCGACGGUUGAAUAUGUACAGACAGAAGCAGAGAUGCAACAAUCGAGGUAAGGUGAUCAAGCCCUUGCAGUACCAGAACACAGUUGCUCCUGGAACGGUGGCCAGAGUUGAGCCCAACAUCAAGUGGUUCGCUAAUACACGUGUCAUCAAGCAGUCAUCAUUGCAGAAAUUCCAAGAAGAGAUGAACGCAGUAAAGAAAAGUCCGUACAGAGUAGUGAUGAAACAGAGCAAGCUUCCGAUGUCCUUGCUGCAUGACCGGAUAAAGGCACACAACUCCAAGGUGCACAUUCUGGACACAGAGACGUUCGAGACCACUUUUGGGCCAAAGGCACAAAGAAAGAGGCCCAACUUGACUGUCGGAGAGCUGAAGGACUUUGCUGAAAAGGCAGAGGUCUCGGCUCAGAGCUACAGUACUGAGAAAGACCGUGAUUUGGUGUCUGAGGACAGCGGAGUCAAGGAUGAGGCUCGGGAGGAAAUCUUCAAGAAGGGUCAGUCAAAGAGGAUCUGGGGCGAGCUGUAUAAGGUGAUCGACUCUUCAGACGUCGUUAUCCAGGUGCUAGAUGCUCGGGACCCAAUGGGCACUCGUUCCCAGAGCAUUGAGUCCUACCUAAAGAAAGAGAAACCUUGGAAGCACCUCAUCUUUGUGCUUAACAAGUGUGACCUCAUUCCCACAUGGGUUACGAAACGCUGGGUUGCAGUUCUUUCUCAGGAACACCCCACUUUGGCCUUUCACGCCAGCCUUACCAACUCCUUCGGUAAGGGCUCCCUUAUCCAGCUCCUGCGGCAGUUUGGCAAGCUCCACUCAGACAAAAAGCAGAUCAGCGUUGGUUUCAUUGGUUACCCCAAUGUUGGAAAGAGCUCUGUUAUCAAUACCCUGCGCUCCAAAAAAGUCUGUAACGUGGCACCCCUUGCUGGUGAGACUAAGGUCUGGCAGUAUAUCACACUAAUGAGACGCCUUUUCCUCAUCGACUGUCCCGGCGUCGUCUACCCCUCCGACGACAGCGAGACCGACAUUGUGCUGAAGGGAGUGGUCCAAGUGGAGAAGAUCCGAACUCCGGAGGAUCACAUCGGAGCGGUGUUGGAGAGGGCCAAAGCGGAGUACAUCCAGAAGACAUACCGCAUUCCAUCCUGGAGCUCCGCCGAGGAUUUCCUGGAAAAGCUCGCCUUUCGCACCGGAAAACUGCUUAAGGGUGGAGAGCCAGAUCUGUCUACCGUGUCUAAAAUGGUUUUGAACGAUUGGCAGAGGGGACGCAUCCCCUUUUUUGUAAAGCCGCCUGGGGCCGAGAUGGAUGAAGAGUACAAAGCAAAACUGAUGCUGGAAACGGCUGCGAAGGAAGAGCUGGAAAACAGACUUGAAGCUCAGGAUGUGGAGGGGGCCUCUUCUAGCCAGCAGGAAGAUCAAAAGCUGCUGAGACAGAAACAAGAGGAGAUGCAGAAAAUCUUCAGUAACGUCAAGCAGAACUUUGGCAAAUUAAACGUCGCUCCGGAGUUCAGCGAGGAGGACCUUGUGCCUGUCGAUAUCCCUGACAUCCUGGAACCCUUGGGUUCAGAAGAUGAGGAAGAUGAGGAAAAUGACGAGGAUGAGGAAAAAGAGCAGAGUGGAGAACUACAGGAAGAAGAAUCCUCUGUUUCCAGCCCCCCGACCACAGGAGAGAAAAAGAGCACACGUGAAGUGAAUAAAGAGAUGGAUAUGAAGAUUGCCAAAUUGAAACAGUUUCUUGAUCGUGCCAAGUCAAAGCACUUCUCCGCCAUACGCAUUCCUAAAGGCCUUUCUGAAAAGGUUUUCACUGAAACCACAGCAAAGCAGAAUCUGCAACGGAAAGCUGUGACAGUGGGCAAAAAGAGAAAAGCUAUGGAAGAUGAGGAGCCUGCCCAGGCUACCAAACUCACAUCUAAAGAGAAAAGAAGCCUGGAGCGUGCACAGAAAGUUAAGAAAGUGGGGGUCCGCUAUUAUGAGACGCACAAUGUCAAGAACAAGAAUAAGAACCGAAAAAUGCCCUUGGAUGGCAAGAAAUCCAAACGAGCUAAGCGAUAAGACCUGGUCAGAAACCCAGUCACAUCAAUCCCCGUUUCCAUCAUCAUGUCGGUGGCUAAAUUGGAACAUCUGGAGUGGAAUCACACUGAUUUGUGUAAAGGUCAAGGUUUGGUUGAUCUGUGAUGCAAUCGUACCAAUGCACUUUAUUCAUACUGUGGCUCCAGCCAUUCUCAUUGAACACUGACUACAAUUCAUUUCAGCACUGUGCAUUUUCAAAGUUUUUAACUUAAGACUAUGUGUCCUGAUUCAGCAGUGUUGAAUGGCUGAUCAUGUACCCGUGCAUCUAUGUCUGUUCUGUCUUUUUGUUUGGAGAAAAAAAAAGAAAGAAUAAAUACUCAGAACAGGUGCUUUUA